AAACAAUGACAUGCUUUAUUACUUUACACAUGACUCUCCUGGUCCUGGUCCUCCAUCCCUUUAACAAUAAAUGCAAUCACUGCCCUAUGACAUUCACUGACUUUCAGGCGAGGCAGUGAUGCAGACUUCUAAAAGCAACGCGGGUUAUCUCACAUUUUGAAACACAGAAAAGUGUAUUCUGUAUCAUCGGCCACUAACAAGAAAAAAUAUACAUUGUAAAUCCAAAAGGUGUUGUGAAUAGAUAGGUAAAAGGCACAACAUUUAAUUUUCACCACUUGAGGUGUCAAAAAAACAACAAAGGAGUAGCUAGUGACAAUGUGAAGGAGCAUGGAAUGAUGAGAGCUGCUGAUGGAAAACAAUCUGACAAGACUCACAAAUCAUGUUCAUGCAUAACAAAGUUAAAACUAAGUUAAAUAACUGAUGUCGGGCUGUUAAAUUCUUAGAAAAUUAUGCACACACGAAGGUGGUAAUGUUACACAUUAGGGUGUGCUUUAGGGCUCUGUAUUGGCAAGUGCCUCACGAUACAUAUCUCGAUGCAUGGGUCAGGAAACCCCUGCUUUAUCUGCUCUAUAAACACGGCAGAUAAACAUCCGUCAAUGCACAAUAAACAACAAUGAACAAGUGUCACUAUUAGUAAGUGGAAUAUUUUUGUCAAGUGUCUGAGUGGUUCGAAAGGCAUUUAUUUUUUCUAAUUCAUUACUUUUGGACAUAUUUUUUAAACCAAAGUGCACAAGUUCCCAACAGCUCUUAAAGCUAGUUGCAUUCUUAUUUUUUCUGCUAUGCUAGCUCCCGCUUAUGAGACAAUGGGCGUAUGAUGUGUAAAGUCACCAUGAAAUCAAUCAGGAAAACUCUAAGUGUUUUACACAGUGUUGCAGUGAUUAUCGUAAAUGAUUUAUCCGUAAACACCUUUAUUUUUUCAAAAUUCAUUUGUCUUUAAAAUCUUUAAUCAGAAACAUUAAGCUCCUCUCUGCCUUUAAACAACAGCUCUUCAACACAUGAUGUCAACAAGAAAAAAGAGGUAGGACUACACUCAAUGUCCAAUGGCCUGGCAUUUUUAGCCCUCCCCUCCAUGCCCAAUUUACAACAAACCAAUCAAAAAGGGAAGGGCAAAAUAAUGCCCCGCUCUACAUUAUUUUCUAAUUUCUGAAGCAGUUUCACUCAAACAUACAUCACAAUAUGGAAAGAACUCAAUCGCAACUUCUGUUUCAUGGUGACUUUAAAUUAUGAUUUAAAAAAUGUAUUGAUUGUGGAGGUUGGAAUAUCGAUAAACUUUUGUUAAAAAAUAUUGUUAUCUAAAAUAUAAUUAGUUGUAUUGAUAUUUUCACACAGCCCUAGUGUGCCAUACAUUUUGGAAAAAUGUAUUUGCCCGUUGUAAAUUAUUCUGCUUUUACCACAGUUAGCAUACCAGAAGACACUGUUCCGAUGUAUUCUCUGAACAAGUAAUUAGUAUUUUUCCCGGAAUGCUCUCGUAGGACCAAUUUCUUAUGCAUGUCAUCUCAAGCUGUUUGCUAAGUAAUUACAAAGCAUUUCAGAGUGACUAACAUGGGCUUGAAUCUGAAUUUGCACUUAACAGAGAGAGAGAGAGAGAGAGAGAGCACAUGCACAUGUGUUUGUUUAAGACAUGCAAGUAUCUAUAUUUGGUAUUCAAGAGCCCUGUGAUAGUAUAAUGAAAGUGUUGUGCAGUUUGAUCAGAGCUUUACUAGACUGAUUCAUGCCUUUCACCAACUGAGAAGUCAAGUAAGGGUUGAAGACAUAGGAGAAAAGUUGUGUGCACAUUUUGUUAUAAACAUUUUAAUAUAUAAAGUUUAAAUGUAAUCAUUUUUAUCAAGCAAGUAGAAAUGCAGUAUAUAGAGCUCAUGUUUGCUUUAAUCUGCUGUUUAAUCAGGAAAUCUUUCACACACUUGGUAAUCAAAACAAAAUUUAUUCAAAAAGAUUAACAAUUAAAACUUUGGGUCAAGUUUAUUCAAUAUUGAUACUUUAUUAGCUUUUUAAUAUAAUAUUUUGGAUCUGAGGGUGUCCUUAACUUUUCAACAAAAUGUUGUCAGGACCACAUCCACAACCUUACAUGAACAAUUUUGCGUGUAUAUUUAUAAAAGCUCCACCUAGUGGAACCAAAAAUCCCCAGUAACGUUGAAUCAAAAGAACAUUUCAUUCACAGCACAGAGCAGCACUUCUCUCUUCAGCUCAUGUUUGAUGAUGAAUCUUCUUUAGAGUUCAGGACCUGUUUAUCUGUUGUGCUUUAAUGUAAAUUAUUGACAGUUAUUUUAAACUGCUGGAGAAGAUGUUUCAUGUGAUUUUACUCUGUUGGUGCUCAUGGAGUCUGAUGGCGGUGUUUGGUUUGGAGUCUGUGUCAGUGACUGAAGGAGAGUCUGUUACUCUCUACAUGAGUAUCACUGAACAACAGAGGAAAGAAGGAAUCUCCUGGAAGUUUGGAGCUAAUAUAAAUAUAGAUAAAAGUCUCAUAGCUGAAAUCAAGAGUGGGAAUAAUGAAAUAAAGUUACAUAAAGAUAGACCUGAUGAGAGAUUUAACAACAGACUGAAGCUGGAUCAAACUGGAUCUCUCACCAUCACAAACACCACAAUCACACACUCUGGACUUUAUCAAAUAACAACCAGCAAAAACAAGACGCUACUCAACAAGACAUUCAACAUUACUGUCUAUACUCUUCUGUCUGUUCCUGUCAUCUCCAGAGACUCUUCUAAAUGUUCUUCAUCAUCAAACUGUUCUGUGUUGUGUUCAGUGAUGAAUGUGUCACAUGUGAGUCUCUCCUGGUACAAAGGAAACCGUUUAUUGUCCAGCAUCAGUGCGUCUGAUCUCAACAUCAGACUCUCUCUACCUCUGGAGGUGGAAUAUCAAGACAACAACACAUACAAAUGUGUCAUCAACAAUCCCAUCACAAACCUCACACAACAUCUACACAUCACUCACAUCUGCCAGCCGUGUUCAGUAAACUCUUCAUCAGGUUCAUUAUCAGAAGAUUAUAUAAUCCCUCUCUCUUGUGCUGCUGGAUCUCUGAUGAUUGUAACUGCACUUCUGAUCUUCUGCAUCUGCAGAAAACAUAGAAAAACAAAUCAAGAAGAUCCGUCCAGUGAAGAGGAGAUCACUUACGCAGAUCCAACAUUUUAUAAAAAACAAACACAUAAACAGAGAUGUGCUGUGGAGGAGGAUGUGGUGUAUGCAGGUGUCAUGAGAAGAUGAUCAAACAAGCUCUCUGUUAUUGGACAUUCAGAUUACAGGGGCUGGUGUUCCAGUUCAGAAUAAUAAAAGGAUUCCAUCUUUAUUCCACAUAACAGCCCCAAAAUUCAAUGCAAAUUCAUAUUUUGACAAUUCUUCUGAGAUAUUAUAGUGAGAGUGAUACUUUUAUAAUAAAAAUGGUUUGUUUUUGUCACUCA